AAGGAUGCAGAAAUUAUGUUGGGGGGGAUAUUCUCUUUCCACAGCAGCUGGACAAACCGACAGGAUACCUACAAUCAAAAACCGUUGCCCCUGCAAUGCACCAGUCUGAAUUUCAGAGGUUUCCAGUUGGCUCAGGCAAUGCUCUUUGCCAUAGAAGAGAUCAAUAACAGCAAAGACCUACUGCCUGGAAUCUCGCUGGGCUACAACAUUUAUGAUUCAUGUGGUUCCAUUGCGAGGAGUGUGAGGGCUGCACUGGCCUUGGCUAACGGUAAUGAAGUAGCUUGGGCUCCUUCAGAGGACCCUUGUACCAGAUUUUCCCAAGUGCAGGCCAUUAUUGGAGAAACCUCUUCCUCUCCUUGCAUGGCUGUAGCUACUGUCAUUGGACCCUUUCACAUCCCAAUGAUCAGCCAUUCUGCCACUUGUGCUUGUCUCAGUGAUAAAAACAAGUACCCAUCCUUCCUCAGAACAAUACCCAGUGACUACUACCAGAGCAGAGCCCUGGCCCAGUUGGUCAAGCAUUUUGGUUGGACUUGGGUUGGAGCUAUUAGGACAAAUGAUGAUUAUGGCAAUAAUGGCAUGGUGACAUUCACAGAAACCGCCCAGAAGCUGGGCAUCUGUUUAGAGUACUCUGUAUCUUUCUUUAGAACAGAUCCACCAAACAAGUUGCAAAAGAUAAUUGAUACUAUUAAGUCUUCUACUUCCAAGGUUAUUGUUGCUUUCCUCUCCUACAUGGAUCUGGAAGUGGUAUUACAUGAGUUGUCUCUCCACAACUUGACCGGAUACCAGUGGGUGGGCACUGAGGGUUGGAUAUCUGAUUCCCAAACAGCAGCAAUAGAUACGGGUCACAUCCUGGACGGUGCCUUAGGCCUGUCCAUCCCCAAAGCACACGUCGGUGGCAUUAGAGAGUUCAUGUCCAAUAUGGACCCGCUAAAUUCAUCUAGUAAUGUGAUGUUUUGGGAGGCAUUGUUUAGCUGUAAGUUCAGGCUGUCAAAGUCAUCAUCAGAGAAUCAGAGAGUAUGCACGGGACAUGAAGAUCUGACAGGAGUGCAAAACAGCUUCUCUGAUGUGUCGCUCAUGCCAAUCUUUAACAAUGUCUAUAAAGCAGUGUAUGCUGUGGCUCACACACUUCACGGUGUUCUUAACUGUAACAAAAGCUGCAACAAGACAGUUCGUCUUGAGUCAUAUAAGGUUUUACGGUCCAUGAAAAAGAUUCAGUUCACAACAAAAGGAGGAGAUGAGGUUUACUUUAAUGAGAAUGGAGACCCGGCAGCAAAGUAUGAAAUUAUAAACUGGCAGCCAACUGCAAAGGGCAUUGUGGACUUUGUCACAGUUGGUCUUUACGAUACAUCCUUACCUGCAGACAAACAACUAAAUCUGCAAAAUACAUCUUUGAUUUGGGCACAGAACUCACAACAGUUGCCCAUGUCAGUUUGCAAUGACAAGUGUCCUCCAGGAACUCGCAAGGUCCUCCAGAAAGGAAAACCGGUCUGCUGCUAUGACUGUUUAAGAUGUGCAGAGGGAGAAAUCAGCAACAGCACAGAUUCUAUCACCUGUGUGCAAUGCCACCCUGAGUUCUGGUCGAAUGCAAGAAGAGAUGCCUGUGUGAGGAAGAAGGCAGAGUUCCUCUCAUACAAAGAGAUUAUGGGAGCUCUGCUCACUGCUGCAUCCCUAUUCGGAACAUGCAUCACUAAUGUUGUUGCAGUGAUUUUCUUCAGAUACAGACACACUCCUAUCGUCAGGGCCAACAACUCUGAGCUGAGCUUCCUGCUGCUCUUCUCCUUGACUCUGUGUUUCCUGUGUUCUCUGACCUUCAUAGGGCGGCCCACUGAGUGGUCCUGCAUGCUGCGACACACUGCAUUCGGCAUCACUUUUGUCCUCUGUAUCUCUUGUGUUCUGGGGAAAACUCUAGUGGUGUUAAUGGCCUUCAGGGCCUCACUUCCAGGUAGUAAUGUGAUGAAAUGGUUUGGGCCUGCACAGCAGAGACUCAGCGUUCUGGCUUUCACUUUCAUACAAGUAAUGAUAUGUGUCCUCUGGUUAACAAUUGCUCCUCCUUUUCCAUUAAAGAAUUUCAAGCAAUUCAAGAACAAAAUAACCCUGGAGUGUGCUCUAGGUUCAGCAGUAGGCUUUUGGGCUGUACUUGGAUACAUUGGAGUUCUGGCCCUGUUUUGUUUUAUUCUUGCUUUUCUGGCCCGUAAAUUGCCUAAUAAUUUCAAUGAAGCUAAAUUCAUCACCUUUAGUAUGCUGAUAUUUUGUGCAGUUUGGAUCACUUUUAUCCCAGCGUAUAUCAGCUCUCCUGGGAAGUUCAGUGUGGCUGUGGAAAUAUUUGCUAUUCUAGCCUCUAGUUUUGGACUGCUGUUUUGCAUCUUUAUUCCAAAAUGUUAUAUUAUUCUACUGAAACCUGAGAAUAAUACAAAAAAGAACAUCAUGGGGAAGGGGGCCCAAAAAUAA